AUGGGUCGCAUGCACGCUCCCGGGAAGGGCCUGUGCCAGUCAGCUCUGCCCUACCAUCGCAGCGUCCCUACCUGGCUGAAGCUCACUUCUGACAAUGUGAAGGAACAGAUAUACAAACUGGCCAAGAAGGGCCUGACUCCCUCACAGAUCGGUGUGAUCCUGAGAGACUCUCCUGGUGUUGCACAAGUACGUUUUGUGACAGGCAACAAAAUCUUGAGAAUUCUUAAGUCCAAAGGACUUGCUUCUGAUCUCCCUGAGGAUCUCUAUCAUUUAAUUAAGAAAGCUGCUGCUGUUCGAAAGCAUCUUGAGAGGAACCGAAAGGAUAAAGAUGCUAAAUUCCUUCUGAUUCUGAAUGAGAGCCGUAUUUACCAGUUGGCUCGAUACUACAAGACCAAACGAGUCCUACCCCCCAAGUGGAAAUAUGAGUCAUCCACAGCCUCUGCCCUGGUUGCAUAA